AUGGAUACAUAUUAUAAUGUUUAUUAAAGAAUAAUCAUAAGUAAAGUAAAUUAUAUAAUAUUAUAAUAAUAGUUUGUACAAUAUUAAAGCAAAUUAUGUAAAAAUAAUAUUUAAAAAAAUAGGGAUUAGAUAUUAUCAAUAAAUAAUGGAAAAGAGAGAAAAGUUCGAUAUAAUGAUAAAGACUAAAUCUACUUAAGACUAAAUAGCUUCUUACUUGGUGAAGGCCGUAUUAGGCUUAAGAGAUAGAGAAAAUAAGAGUGAAUCAGUCAGACUCUUUGGAAGUGGAUCAGCAAUUCCAAAUGUAAUUUUGGUUGCCGAAAUAAUUAGAGCUAGAUAUAAGGUAAUAAAUAAAUUAAUGAUAGGGAUUAAGUUCAAUUGUCACAUUAGAGAAUAUGGAGAGGGAUAAAAAUGAGAAUGGUUAAACAAUAAAAAUAAUAAUUCCAGCUAUUAGAAUUAAAUUGACGUAUUUAUUAUAUUUAUUGUAGAGGCAAACCAACUUAAGAAGAAUAAGAAUUGGCUGGAUAUUAAGCCCCAGGAUAUGUGGAUGAUAGCAAAAAGGUUGAACUUUUUGAAUAUGUUAUGAUAUAUGCCAAAAAUUUGUAUUUUUGGAGUGGAAAAGAUAGAUAGAGAUAAAAUAAUAAUAAUAAUACAUCUUAUAAAUAACCUGCUUAAUAAAUUGAGAAAUCUGACAGAGGAAUUUAAUCUAAAGAUGAUCUUCCAGAAAGAGGAGAAAUGAAAAUUAGAGGAGGAGCUAAUAUUUAGAAAAAACAAGAUGAUUUCAAAAGAAAACCUGACCAAACAGAAUAUGAUGUAUUUAUUUAGUUUACACAUUAGGAUAAAAAGGAUAGAGAUUAUAGAGAAUAAUAGAGAAAUACAAAUAGUAUAAGACCAAGACCUUAUAAUCAAUCUAAAUAAAAUAUAUCAUAAAAGAAAGAUGAAGAAAUCAGGACUAAAUAAGGUGAAAUCAGAUCUAGAGGAGGUAGCAGGAAAUGAUUCAUAUAAUUUAUUAGAACAAUA